GAACUAAAGACUGCAUGUAGUCAGCAUGCAUCUAGUCUAUGAAUGUUAAAUGUAGAACAAACAUUUUUUUUUAAGUAUAAUAGUUUUAUAAGCCUUAAUUUCUACCUAAUGUUAUGUGACAGUUCGUUUUUCUAAUAAAUCAGUUUAUUCCGUUUAACAGUGGUUCAAAAAAGUGUGUAUCAUCUAUUCUUACCAACAAAAAGCAAGGACAAUUAUUAAAAUAUUAUAAAAAAUUACCUAGUCUGUUAAUGGACAAAAAAACGACCGAAUAAAACAAAAUUCCACUUUAUUAAAAAUACAAAAAAACAUUUUAACUAUUGAGAUUUUAUAUACUAAUUAAUAUUCCAAUGGACAGGUCAUUGGUUAAAGCAUAUCUUAUACACAUUUUUUAUCAGUAUCAUCUGAACCAUACUAUACUAAGGACCCUAUAGGUUCUCUAUAAGUCGACAACUACGAAUAGUAUAUAAAUAAGAAUAAGAUUUCAAAAACAACAUACAUUCGGAUAAACUAGUUAACAAUUAUUUUGGUAGAUAAAUAUUUAACUCAACUGCUAAUACUUUCAGACUUCAAAGUUCAAAUAUAAUACAAAUAUACAAUAUGGGUUUAUUGUCUGAAAAUUAUGAAACACAAUCAUUGAUAAAAAAAAGAAAAGUGAGGUGGAACCAAAAACUAUCAAAGUGUCUUUUCAUUGUUGUAUUGUUCGUUAUUUUGAAAGUGGCUUUUGUUUAUAUUCUAUACGUUUUAAUUAGAAAUGGAUCAGAAUCAAAAGAGACACCAGAGGUAGCUGAGCGCACUUUUACUGUUGAUUACGAACGUAAUGAGUUCCUAAAAGACGGCCAAGUAUUUCGAUAUGUUUCCGGUUCGCUACACUAUUUUAGAGUUCCUAAACCUUACUGGAAGGACAGAAUUCAGAAAAUGAAAGUAGCUGGUUUAAACGCUGUAUCGACUUAUGUAGAAUGGAGUUUACAUGAACCUUAUCCAGGUGUAUAUAAUUUUGAGGAUUUCGCUGAUUUGGAGUAUUUUCUGAAAUUAGUUCAAGACGAAGGGAUGUAUUUGUUGCUCAGACCUGGACCAUAUAUUAGCGCUGAAAGAGAUUUUGGUGGAUUUCCAUUUUGGUUAUUGAACGUAGUGCCGAAAAAUGGUCUGAGAACUAAUGAUUCAAGUUAUAAACAUUAUAUUGCAAAAUGGUUUAAUGUACUUAUGCCUAAAAUCAUUCCUUUUUUAUACGGAAAUGGUGGAAAUAUCAUUAUGGUUCAAGUAGAGAACGAAUAUGGAACUUACUAUGCGUGUGACCAUCAGUAUAUGAUAUGGUUACGAGAUUUGUAUAAAAGUUACAUCAAAUCCAAAGCUUUACUUUACACAACCGAUAUGUGUGGAGAUUCAUACUUUAAAUGUGGUCCCGUAGCUGAUGUUUAUGCUACCGUGGACUUUGGCCCUUGGAACACCGAUGUUAAUCAAUGUUUUCAACACAUGAAAGAAUUUCAAAAUGGAGGACCGCUAGUUAACUCUGAGUAUUAUACUGGUUGGGUGUCCUAUUGGGGUUCACCAAUUGUCUCGACAAGCUCUGAUAUAUUUUUGUCUACCAUGAAAGAAAUGUUAGCUUUGAAUGCAUCCGUCAAUAUUUUUCUUAUCCAUGGAGGGACAAAUUUCGGGUUUACUUCUGGUGCCUUCAAAAAUAGUAAUCAAAGUUAUAAGUCAGCAGUAACCUCAUAUGAUUUUACUGCUCUAUUGAACGAAGCUGGAGAUCCGACCGACAAGUACAUUAAAGUUAAGAAAUUGCUCGAAGAAACUAACUUCGCAGUAUCAAACGAUAUAUCACUCGUUCCGGCACCCAAAGGUUAUUAUGGAACACUCAAAAUGCAGCAUCUGGUUAGUAUUUUCGAAAAGGUCGCGCAACGGAUAAAACCGGUAGAAAGCGAUGUUCCACUUGGUUUCGAAAUCAUGAGUAUAAACACAGGAUUUGUGAUGUACGAGACUAUUUUGACAAACGAUCAAAAAUUCGUCUCAGCUCCUGUAAACCUUACUAUUAGCAAAAUCAGAGACCAAGCAACCAUCUUCUUAGACCAGGUACAAGUGAAUAUAAUACCUCGAAAAUAUGAAAAUUUACCUGUAACCUUAAAUAUAAACAGUACAGUUCAAAAGCUAAGGAUUCUAAUAGAAAACCAAGGAAGAAUUAACCUCGGAAAUUAUAUAGAAGACAGAAAGGGUAUUUUUGAACCUGUAACUUUGGGUAACCAUGUACUGGGUCCGUGGAAGAUGAUAGCAUACCCUCUGAACGAAACGUCUUGGCUUUCUACUAUCGAGCCACACAAACAAUCCGUAUUACCGGCAUUUUAUAAAACAACAUUUACAUUGCCAGAUAAUUUAUCAAAACCUUUAGAUACCUACUUGGAUCCAACUGGUUGGAAAAAGGGUGUUGCUUUUGUGAAUGGGAUUAAUAUUGGUCGAUACUGGCCACCGGCUGGACCACAAAUUACUCUAUACGUUCCAGCUUUAUUUCUAAUUCCUUAUCCUGGAGAAAACAGCAUCAUUAUGUUAGAACUGGAAGGUGUUCCUAAAAAUUUGUCAAUAUCGUUAGUCGACAAACCUAUUCUCAAUGGUAAAGUAAAUCAAGGAUUUUAAAUUUCUUAACAUAAUGUAGGGGAUAUAAGUUUAUUUAUUUUUAUUUUUUACGAAGUGUUUAAUUAAGUCGUUUCUAGGUCGCUAUCUAAUCCUACUGAUAUGUACAUUUUUUUUUUAUUUUUUUACAUAGUUGCGAUAUCAUACAUAAAAUGUUAAUAUAAUAGGUUUAAAUAUAGAUUAUAAUCUGGA